AUGUCGUGGUACGGGGCUCACAUGCCGCUCAUGGCGACUCAUGUGGCGCCGCUGUCACCGCCGCUUGGAGCAUCUGGUGCACAUCACAGUCUUUCACAGCGGCGGCAAGCGCUCCAGUCCAUGUCAGCAGAGGAAGGUGUUUGUCUUUUUCAAGACUUGCUGCCUCCGUCUUUCAGUGCUUCUCCUCACCGCACUGUAUCGCCGGCAAAGCGUAAUGCGCGCAAGGCGGCGCGGGAGCUUUCAAGCUCUGCCUUUACGGACGCACGUUGGCAGACGAGCCCAGGGGCCGCAGCCAAGAGUAGCCUACGCGUAUCACCUCUGCUCUCCGGCUCGGAUGGAAUGGGGGAGGCUCUCCAAGUGCCGCCAUCGUCUGCUUUCGAAGACCCGAACUCGUGGGCGCACGAGUACGCGCUUCUUUGCGCAAAGCUUAAGCGGCCAGUGGACUCGGUGUGCGUGUACCAUGACUACGGGGCUUCCCUUAAAUUGCGAGUAACGAUGCGCCAUGCCUGCAUGGUGAGUCCGCUUCCCGACCUAGAAAGGGUGCAGGAGGCACUCCGUCGCCGUUUCCAAGGCCACGCGCAAGGGGCUUCGUACGACCUGUACGAGCAGCAAUGCUCAGCGGACAGCUGCUCUCCCGCGGAGUGGGAGAAUGACACAGUGUCCGUGGCAGCGAUCCUGGGUGCGACUAACGACGUGCGUGGCGCACAUCGACAGCAGUGCAACGACAUGUUUUUGCCACCGCCCACAGUGUGGUGUGUCGGUGGCUCGAUCUACGACAACGAGAUCGUUGUCUACAGCGCCGUGUCGGGGCAGCGUCUGCUCCGCAUUCUUGAUCCCAAAAUGAGGGUUGCUGUCACGGCUCUGCAGCACGCGCCGUUUCGUGGAUUUAUGGAGGCACAGCAGCUGCACCUUCUCCCCGUACGAGAGCCACACAAUAUUCUGCGGCUAAAGGCGUCACAGCUCGUAUUCACAGACUACGUGUGGUGUGGCUUGCAGGAUGGCACGGUGCGGCUUUUGCCUGCAAGCCACCACCACGUCCGCUCUUGUGGGGCGUCGUCGUCACUCUCUAAAGCUCCCUCCGCCGCGAUCGUCUACGAGUUGCCGCGCUACCAGGGCGGCGCUAUUGUGUCGAUUGUGUGCAGCCCCUGCCAUGACAUCUCGUCUGCGUUCGGCGACUCGCUGAAGUGGGGACUGCCGAACCGGGUGAGCGAUGCGGUCCGGUGCAUGACGGCGGCCUCCAGUGCCGAUGCCGAUAAUGCUAGAGCUGCGGAACAAGCUGACGGUGAGACGGCUGACCCAGCCUUGCGGCAGCACCUCUCGCUGGUCUGCAUUGCCGCGACAGAUGCCAGCGUGGUUAUCUGGGACGUUCGGCAGGUCUAUAAGGCUGUGGCAACGGCCCAGAAGCAGUGGCAGGAGCAAAGAGAGGGAAUUCAAGGCCACGGUCCAUCGGUGUUGCACCGCGGCGGUUCAAGGUCGCUGUUUGUCGGUGGAACCGCUCUCUCUGGCACUCCCUCCUACUGCGAUGCCUCCGCUGCGGUGCCCGGUGCAACUGGAAUGUCCAACGACGUCAUUACGUUCGACUACUCCUCUCCUGUGCCUGGGCUGCAGAAGAUGCAGGUGCGGUCCAGCUGCACUUUAGUGCAAGUGAAGCCGUUGGCGAAGCUGAGCGGCGGCUUUGCUGGCCUCACGGUUCUGCGGUGGGUAUCUUCGCUCAUCGUUGCAGGCGGCUGCAGCGCCCCUGCACGUCGUGAUGCACGGAGGGCGACACGAGACUCACGCACGGCGCCGCGCGUGGUUGAGGGAGUGCCGCGCAUCGAGCUCACCCAGGUGCAGACUCGCUUCGACAAGCGUGAGGGGCAGCGCGGUGAGCUCCAGUUGACGGAGGAGGAGAUGCAAGGCGUAGAGCAAGAACUGGAGCACAUGAUGCCGCCGCUGGCCACCGAGCCGGCGCAGUCGCUGCGCGUGAAUCUGCUGGUGGCGGCGGACUGCAUGGGUACCUUGCACGUGUGGAACCUUGAUGAGGAGCUGGAUCGGUAUAGCGCGGUGAAGGAGAGCUCGUUGGGGUGGCCGGCCAGCUUCGGUGCUCUAUACUACUCUAGUUUGCAUUCCAUGUCGUCACGUAGCGAGGGACACUUGAGCGUGAGCCACGAAAGCGAUGCGUCUCGACCCGCAUCAAGGCCAUGCUGCAUGAGCGUACGGCGCACCUCGGCAUCCAAGGGCCACGGCAGGACUCGUAGGUCAGAUCGAGACUCCAAGAGCCGCCGUUCGUGCAGAGGCCUUGGCCUAGUCGAGGCGCGAGAGAGUCGUGCUCGCCUUUCCGAGCUGCCCUCCAACAUGGCAUCUUCAGCACACAAGUGCGACGCCGAGGCCACUACAAAACGAAAGAGCCUUCAGCGUGCCUCGGCCGUCCGUAGCAGCACCGAGGAGCGCGAUUCGUCGCAGGCAGGACAAGGUCGGCGCUACCAGGCCACUGCGGAGCGGGAAAGCGUGCGGAUGAGUGACUGCCACGGCACUGUACCUGGUCUACCCUACUCACGCAAGUCUGUCGUGGUUCCCUCCGUAACAGCCCACCAACAAGCAGCGCUGAACAAUGCACUGCCGCCUCUCCGUGCACCACUACCGAAGAAUGCCGCCCCUAUCUCCGGCCCUGCCAAGGCAAAGAAGGUGAAGAAGACUCGCAACUCUCGCCAAGGGACGUCCGGGUCCAUGCUCCGCUCUCCUCUGCAAAGCACCUCGCCAUCGCGCGGCUCUGCUCAACGGUCGAGUGCUUCUCCAGGCCGCAUCGCAGAGUUACCUCACUCUACGCAACUGCAAGCCAGCUUGCACCGUAACGCAAGCAUGCAACGCGGCACUUCCGUCACGCCAAAGAGGGGGUGUAGCAAUACGAGCUCCGGGCAGGACUUGUUGAUGCCGGCGCAGGCAGCAAAGUGCCAGAUUCGAUUCGGACAUGGGGCGGGAGCAGCCAUCACAGAUGUGGUGAUUGACCUGCCGCCGCACAUCUUCACGACACUGCGUCGUGUCCCUAAGCCGUCCAGUCGAGUUGCAUCGUGGCACCAUCGUCCUACCGAAGAAGAGGCGGGCGCGCGGGUUCUGGAGAAUGAGUUUGAGGAGCUGACUGAAGACAAGGCGCUGUUUUUCGCUUUCCAACGGCUCGAGAUGUACGUCGCUGUCGAAGGCGCGAUGUCGAUGGUGCGCUGUGUGCCGCAGUGGCUGCUGCCAGACGGGGACGAGCGGGAGUUGUUCAGACAGCGGAACGGCGACAGUGGGCGGGAGGGUUGUGGGGAGCUGGCUAUGAAGGAGACGACAAGGGUGGCGGUACAAGAGUGGAUGGCGGAGGUGGCGAUGCCGGACCGUGUGAGCAUGGGCGCCUUCGACCUGCAACUUCGCAAGCGCCUUCUCGAUGUGCACGCCCAACCCAUCACGCAGCUCUUCUUGGACUUGUGGCAAGGUCGGUUGUGGGUGGCGCGCGAAGACGGAUUUGCGUCUAUUUUCGCCACCCGCGAUAAAACCGUCGUCUCUCGUAUGACUCACCCAUCUGCUGAUGCUCUUCUUGCUCCACCUUCGGCGCAGGAGUGGGCGAAGCUACAGGAGCAGGCGUUGACGCGCAGCCGCCUUAACGACGCGCGAGUGGCAAACGGUUUUGGGCUCGAGUGCCACAAAGAGUGCCAUGAACUCGCACCUGCCCACCUUACGCAAAUCCUCCCCAUCGCCGUCCGACCACAGCGCGCACUGUUGCUGUUGUGUAGCGCCUAUGGUGGCGCUCCUGAACCGAUAUCUGACUCUCUCGCAGCGGCAACCGUUACUGUGUCACCACCCCGCUCGUGCCAGUGCCCACUGGCACUCGCAGGACAGACGGAUAUCAGCGACUUUAUCAGGCCAACAGCGCUAAAACUGCAGCCCUUCUUGUCGAACAACAGCGACACCGUGGCGAGCAACAGUGGAGCGUCAAGCACCCCGCAGUCCUGUGGCGUCGCGGCCCUCGUUUGUGUGGAUGGGCGGUCGGAUAUGAAGAGUCUCGCCAAGUCACGAGAGGCUCAGCUGUGGCGGUGGUUGCGUCAACUGCAGCUCUGUCGCGCUGAGUCAGCUGCCGUGUGCCAAAGGCAGCGUCGGCGCUACUAUGCGCUGUGCGAGGGCAUUGGCAGGAGCGCGGCACACAUCAUCCAGGAGAUUGGGCACUACGCCUCCCAGUCCUGCCUACGCACCUAUUUUCACCUAUGGAAGGAUCAUCUAGCGUUGUUUCAUCACACGCACAUCAUGCAACGACAGCGUGCAGCGCGGCUGGAGCGCGAGCGCGUGUUGGCGUGUCGGUUGGAGGACGUGCGCGUGGCACGGCUGCGUGGCACGUACUACGUGCGAUGGCAGCGCCUUCUUGCCGCUGUUCGGUGCCGCCGUCGUGAGGAGGUGCUGACUCGGUUUGCACGGGCAGCGGUGGCAGGACCGCGGAGCUCGCGUACUUGGGGCGACACCGGCCGCCGCGGCCCGCUUCCCACCGCGUCGAUGAUGGAGCACCUCCAUCGCUUGUCAGCCGUACGGACGUACUGGAGGACGUGGCAGGCGUGGACAACCACCCAACGACUGCAGCAGCAUCGUCAGAAGGGCCUGAGCUCGAUGCAGCAGUGUCCACUGCCCCUCUCGCGCACCCGCUCUUUCAUGCCAUCAGCGGCCGCUAUGGCGACACCACCUAACCGUGUUCGAUCGGGGCAUCGAACCAGUGCUGACGACUCUGCAGCGGAGGUUAUGACGACACCGUACCACUCGACUCACAGCGGUGGCACUUACUUGUGCACGUCGUCACUGUCAUCGCCACUCGGGAGCACCUACAGGACCACUGUGGCGGGCGGCAGUGCUGUGGCUCCUCAGUCACCUUGCACCCACGGCGGUGCAGGCACUGUGCCGGCCGUGCCCCCGCCGGCGUUGGAGCUUCUUCUCACUGAGUUGCUGCGGGCCCGCAUCUUCGUGUUCCACUUUAGCGAUGCGCGCAGCUCGGCAAUCAGUGUGCUAGACGAGUCAUGGACUGUCAUGCUUGAAAACGCUCAAUCUGGCGCUGAAAGCGACGACGACGACGAUCGACGGUUCAGCGUGUUUCGCUUUGCGCUGCUGCCGCUGCUGCAGGGGCUCAUUUCAACGGCGGAUGAGGUGCUGCCGAACCUGUUUAACGAGUCCGUAGCGGAGGAAGUGUUGUCUAUGCUGGUGGGCAUCGCACUUGCAAUGGACUACGUGACGGCGAAUGCCGAGGAGAUGUGGUGGAUGCUGCGCGAAGCGGCUGCUCUGACAGGGUGCUCGACCGUCAUCAAAGGUGCCGAACCGCUCCGCAGCACCUUUGAUGCGUCACUUUUGAUACUUCGAUCCUACGCGAUGCGCGCCUUCGCAUCAGAUAUGGAGGCCGCUGAGGCCUUGCGCGGGCUGGCAAAGGGCAAGAAGGUCCUGGCGCAGUUUCUCGACUUUGCUAUGGAGCGAGCAGUGGCGCGACGGGUAGCACACAUCUAA